GCGGUGGGAGACAGACAGGCAGACAGGGAGGACCGCGGGUCUAAAGGGUUCAGAGGUGUCGAUCCGAGUGAAGAUUUUACUUGUUUAGUAUUGUUUUGGACUGUAAGGCAACUGCGCGUUGCGGGGAAAGCCGUCAUGUCGGUGAAUAUGGACGAACUCAGACAUCAAGUCAUGAUCAACCAGUUUGUUUUGACGGCUGGAUGCGCCGCCGAUCAGGCGAAGCAGCUCCUACAAGCGGCCCACUGGCAGUUUGAGACGGCCUUAAGCUCCUUCUUCCAGGAGGCUAACAUCCCCAGUCACCAUCACCAGAUGAUGUGUACUCCCAGAAACACUCCCGCCACACCGCCCAACUUCCCCGACGCCAUCACCAUGUUCUCCAAGCUGCGGGCGUCCGAGUGCGGUUCCAGCGCCGGCAGCGGCCCCUCACAGGCAUCCAUGGCCUGCUCCCCCCCUGCCCCCUCCUCCACGUCGGGUUUCGGCUCCUUCUGGGCCUCCUCGCCGCCCAGCCACCAGCCGGCCUGGCUUCCCCCGUCGUCGCCCACCGGCCACCACAUGCACCACCACUACCACCACCACAUGCAACAGACUCCCAUGUGGCCCCCAGUCUCUCAGCAGAGCGGCUCCCAGCAGCCCCCCGUUGUAUCGGCGCUCCACGGCCAGAGAUGAGAUGAGGCGGUGAGGGAGGCCGGUUCGAGUG